AUGGAUCAAUUGCUCGACGUGGAAACGCUGAAGAAGCUGUCGCCGGAGCAGCAGGAGCAAGUGAUUAGCGGCGUCAAACAGCAGGCUGCCCUUGCCAACGCUCAAAACCUCGUCACGGUACGGUCCGGUGAUGGAUUUGGGGCCGAAAAUGAUGGAGAAGGCGUCAAAAUGAUGGAAAAUGAUGGAUUGGCGUAGGGAAUCGGGUCCGAAUUCGUAUUUUCCCCGGAGAAAAUUGAGAAUGAUGAAAUUUCGGUGAAAAUUGGAAAAACUGCGUUCCCGAAAUUUCAGCUCUAGAAAUAACAAUUUUCGGCGAUAAAAGCUCUAAUAUGUGCCUACAAUUUUGGAAAUCUGAAAUGAUCGCAUUUUCUGCAGGACAUAUCGGAAAAGUGCACGAACAAGUGCAUCACGGCGCCGGGAAGCUCGUUGGCGAACGGCGAGAAGCAGUGUCUGCAGAGAUGCAUGGACCGCUUCAUGGAAUCGUGGAAUCUCGUCUCGCAGACCCUCCAAAAGCGCCUUCAGGAAGAGAUGGCCUCUUCUGGAGCCUUCGGACAGGGCCCCUCGUUCUCAUAA